GGCCGCAAGGCGAUCUGCACUUAUUCCUGUCAUUUGGUUUCCUCGAGUUUUCCAUCAGGUUUCAAGGCUUCAGUCCGUGCAGCUUCUGCUCGCAUAUCUUUCGUUCUUUUGUACUACAUUCAUUUGUCUAUACUCUCAAGAUGUUCUGGUUUCUCUUGGUUUCUGCUGUGUUGGGCCUCCUUUCGACGACGAAUGCUGCAUCGGCCUACGAUAUCGAUACCGACUCGACUCUACUGUAUCUGUACGCUCAUAACGUUUACCGAGCCGGGUACAACGCGUCGCAGCUAACCUGGUCGACUGAUUUGGCUUCCAAGGCGCAACAAUGGGCUAGCAGUUGUCAGUUCAAGCAUAUUAAUAGCGAACUGGGACCUUACGGUGAAAACAUCGCAGCUGGCACUGGAUUUUUCUCUAUCAUCAACGCGAUGGAGAUGUUCACUCAGGACCAGUCCUCCUUUAAUCCACUGAGCCCAUCGUUUUCUGAUUUCACGCAAGUUGUAUGGCAGUCUACUACGCAGCUUGGUUGUGCGAUGGCCCAAUGUGGAGACAUAUUUCCUUCAUCGUACGGCAAUGCUUUGCUACACGUCUGCCUGUAUAAUCCCCCGGGUAAUAUAAUUGGAGAACUACAGUCGAAUGUCAUAUUUUAAAUUGGCGCUAUAUUAUGAUUUUACACAUUUUGGGCAUUCUUGUUUCUUCGCACUUUCUGUUUGGGUUUACACUGUUUUCUUGAAGUAUACAAGGUUAUUGGGCGCGGUGGAUCUGACUAAGUCACUGGGCUUUGCUCUGGGAGCAUUGUAUUAUUUUGACACCGUUGUCUUCAUGCUGUUAUUUCCUUUCUUGUUGAAAUGCACGUCUGAACGAUCCCUUCCAUCAUUGAUUUGCAGAGAGAUACGGGUGACAUGCAAUAUUAAUCGCACGUACCGGUGUUAACGCAGAUCACUGGUAAGUUCAUCCUUCUUUGCCCAAAUCAGAAAAUGCGUAGUUUGGUAGUAUUAUCUCAUUCAAUUUCCCUCCACUGCGCCUGU